AUGUGUGACGUGAUUUCCCCUGAAGGGCGCGGGGGCGAGAAGAGCGGCGGCGCAGAGGCGUCUGCGCCUGUCUCCGAGGAGCAGAAGGAAGUGUGGUGUGGUGAGGAAAGCCAAAGGGGCGCCGCAUGCAGAGCCGGAGAACGAGAAGAAGGCGGGAAGGCUCGUUCGCACCAGCUGCGGAGAGAUGCGUCUCCGUUUCAUCCCUCCUUCGCGUCGUGCUUCGCCUCUACGUGCGCGGUGUCGCAUGCAGCCUCGCCUGGCGACGCCUCGUUGGCCUCUGGCUUCUUCUCCUCUCUGUCUCCGAGGCGCUUGCUCUCUCGCACUUGGCAGGCGCCGGGAAGACAGAGCUGCGGACCUUCUCCGGGGCUUCACCGCAGCUUGUCAGAAUCGCCCCUCACCUCAGAGAAGACGUUGGGGAGGUCGUGCGGUCUGCCUCACGUCUCUGCUUCAUUUGAGACCUCUCCCGGAGAGAGUUCUGCGUUCGAUUCCGCAUGUCGAGAAGUGGGUGUCUCGCCUUCGUUUGCGAGUUCUCUUUCCUUCUUCUCGGUCCACUCGCACACCGCGGCACCGCUGGAGAGCUCCGGCUCGCACUCGCAGCUGCCGCCUCAUGCACACGAGGCGCCUGCGACCUUCGCCUCCCUCCUCCGCUCCUCCUCCCUUCCACCUUCUUUCGCCGAGUCCCAGACUGGCUCGCCGUUCUUCCUGCCUCCUGCAAGUUCGCACGCGGCUGCGCAGGUAGUCCCGGGCGGCUCCGAGUUCGACGGCGUAUGUACACCCGAAUGCAGGUUCUUUGUGCCGGGGUCGCCGGACUUCGGGGCGGUGGCGUGGACUGACGGCGCCGGAGAGGCCGCAGCGAAAGAGGACGCUGGUCUGCGCGACUCUGGGCAAGGGGAAGCAGUGCAAGCGGCUCUCUACUCUUCGCUUGACGCCCAAAGGUCCUGGGCGGAAGACGAAGGUGGAGAGUCGGCGUUCUGCGAACCCCCAGAAGAGGCUGGACGCCUCGGUCCACGCGACGUUGACGCGUUCUUUUGCGCUUGGUGUCCGUCCUUCCCGACGCCGUACGGCGACCAGUCCUUCUUGCCGGAAGGGGAGGCACCUGUCGCUUCUUUUGAGGAGUUUGGAUAUGAGAAAAGCGAUAACGAGGAGGGACAAUCGUUCUCGUCUUUUGGGAACCGUGUAGCCGUCGCCCCGACUCUCCUCCACGUUUACGCGUCUUCUCCUGGGACUGCCUCGUGCUCCCUGUCUCCCUCACACACCCGGACAGACGCGCCAGUGCGUCGACGCGAUCCCUCUCCUUCGACAACGCCUUCUUUCUCUCAGACGGUUUCUUCUCCGUUCUCGGUUUAUCGUCCGCCCACCGCGUCUGCGGCGCCUGCGCCGUUCACGUCUGCUGUCGAGUAUCUUGACGCACAGGGUGUCUAUACACUGGACGACGGCGUGCACAGCGAGGGCAGGGCGUUUUCUGUUCCUCGAGCGAGCGGCGAAGGCUCGGUCCAUGCAUCUCCUGCGUUGGUGUGGGGGACAGGGGCGUCGAGGGGGGGUCGCGCUCUCUCGGCUUCUGCGCCUUCUUGGGAGGAGCUGCAAAGAGGAGCUUUGCGGCAGAGUUUUGAGGAGACGGCGUCGACAGAGACGACAGGCGAAACUCAUCGAGAGGACAAGAAGCUUUCCUCGCAGCUCUGCUCUCGCGCUUCGCCGUUCUACCCCGCGUCUUCUCGCUUCCUCUACGCAGAUGCUUCCCUGCCUCUCUCUGGCGCUUCGCUUGCCUCUGCCUCUGUUUCUGCCGCUGCGUCGUUCCCUUUGCAUGCAGAGAUUGCAUGCUCAGGGGAGACGGAGAGGCUGCGGAAGCCCUUUCAGUUUUCUCCGUACUCCUCGCCGUUUUCUCCCUCCGCCCCGUCUGGGGUGUCACUACAGAGGAGAAACCAAGACCGAACCCCCCGAGGAGACCUCACUGUUGCGUUUCCGGAGUCUGCAGGACGGCGGUCGCCUUUGAACGGAGACUCGUUCGAAAAUGCAAGCACUGAGUCUUUUGAGACAGGUGUUAUGUCUCAGACGCUGUUUCUCACAAAGCCUCGAAUUCGCUGUUCUUCUUUUUCUCAAUCUUCUUCGUUAGCUUCCUCGUCCCCCUCUCCGUUCUCUGCGUCGUCGUUCUCGUCUUCUCUUUCUUCGACGUCUCCCGCGUUCUCUCCUUCGUCUGCGUCGUCGUUCUCUUCUUCUCUUUCUUCGACGUCUCCCGCGUUCUCUCCUUCGUCUGCGGCAUCGUUCUCUUCUUCUCUUUCUUCGACGUCUCCCGCGUUCUCUCCGUCGUCUGCGGCAUCGUUCUCGUCUUCUCUUUCUUCGACGUCUCCCGCGUUCUCUCCUUCGUCUGCGGCAUCGUUCUCUUCUUCUCUUUCUUCGACGUCUCCCGCGUUCUCUCCUUCGUCUGCGGCAUCGUUCUCUUCUUCUCUUUCUUCGACGUCUCCCGCGUUCUCUCCUUCGUCUGCGGCAUCGUUCUCUUCUUCUCUUUCGUCGACGUCUCCCGCGUUCUCUCCUUCGUCUGCGGCAUCGUUCUCUUCUUCUCUUUCUUCGACGUCUCCCGCGUUCUCUCCUUCGUCUGCGGCAUCGUUCUCUUCUUCUCUUUCUUCGACGUCUCCUGCGUUCUCUCCUUCGUCUGCGGCAUCGUUCUCUUCUUCUCUUUCUUCGACGUCUCCCGCGUUCUCUCCUUCGUCUGCGUCGUCGCUCUCUUCUUCUCUCUCUUCUUCAGCUCCCGCAUUCUCCUCGUUCUCUGCAUCGUCGUUCUCGUCUUCUCUCUCUUCUUCAGCUCCUGCCUUCUCUCCCUGUUCUGCUUGGGCUUCGUCGUCCUUCGCCGCGCUGGAGGAUGCCUUCUCGACUUCGCCUAUGCACGCAAAGGGGGGUGGGUCUCCGCAGCCGCGAGCCGGGAGAGAAGGAACGCGAGGCGCCUGGGGAGUCCGGAGCCUGCGCUUCUACGAAGACAUUGCCCUUGUCCUUUCUUCCCUCUCUUCGGCUUCGGAAGACGAGACCAGCGAUGAGCUUAUCUCGAACGGCGACGGGUCGCAAGAGGGCGCAGAGUCGGAAGGAGCAGACGAAGAGGAAACGAAAGAGACGCGUUCCUUGCCUCGCGUUCCUCACGUGAGAAAGACGCAGCUUUCGCCGCGAUCUUCGAAACCGGGACAUCGGCCUUCUUCUUCUUUCCUCGUUCCUCCGCUCGCGGCUUCCUCCUGUUCGUGUCCUUCCUCUCCUUCUCUCUGUUCUUCUUCUCCUUCUCUCGCUUGCUCUUCUCUCGCUUGCUCUUCUCUCGCUUCGUCUUCCCUUUCUCCUUCUCUCGCCCGUUCUCUCCCGUGUUCUCCGACUUUGUUUAUGCGUGCGCAUGCACCGGAUGCUUCUUCAACCUCUCCGUCUUUGCGAGUUGCGGGGAGAGCAGGGCAGAAACGAGAGAGGCAGGCGAUUCCUUGGCGCUUCAUGAAUUUCCCGGUAUGGCCGCCUGAGAGCCGAGCGUGGGCGCGAGAGAUCCGAGAGGCCCACCUGCCGCGGCUGCUCAAUCCGACGGCCUUUGCAGGAAUCGAGAAAUCCGGAAAAACCGAACGCGACUUCGUCCACGCAGUCGCCCAAGCCGUCUUCUUCGCCCCCCUCUUGAAAGGCGUGCUCGCCAGACACCAGUGCGAUCGCCAUGCGUGCGUUGCAUGCGAGCUCGGCUUUCUUCUUCACAUGCUCGACCUGGCUCGGAAGGAAGAAGAUCCUUUCCGACGCGUUUGUCAAAGCACGAAUCUCCAGCGGCUUUUGAGAGACUUGCCUCGCAUGCGACGCGCGCGCGUCUUCCACUCUUGUUUCCCUUCUGAUGGAAACGAAGUUGCUCGAGGCACUUUUUCUGCACUGGCACGAAGAACGCGCAUCUUCUGCGGUCUCCUUCUCGAACAUCUUCACGAAGACCUGAAGGAUAGUUCCUCUCAAGUCGCGUCUUCUUUUUCUUCUCCUAUCGAUUUCCUUUUUCACCUGCGAGACACUCCGGGAUCUAGUGCCGAACGGGGAGACGAGGUCGACGUCGCCUCUGAAUUCUUCCUCCCGCUUCGAUAUCCUCACAAAGAAAUAUCGGAAACAAGCUGUUCGUCAUCCUCUUCUCUCUCUUGUUCUUCCUCCGCUGCUGCCUCGUUUUCCUCUUGUUCGAGUACGGACCCUGGAGACGCUCCGAGGUCACCUGCUUCGUCGCUUUCCUUUGCGCAGGUGUUGGAGCACUCACUGCGAGUCUACGGCGUGAGGAAGAGGGAGACGAAGCGACAGAGAGAGAGCGUUCCGUGCGCAGGAAGCUCAGACGGAGGCCUCCGCGAAGAGGCCGCUGCCGUCAGUGCCUCGAGCAGAGACACGGUGACUGGAGAAGAAAGGAGCGUCCGAGAAGAGAAGAGAAGUCGAGAACAAGACAUCGGUGGGCGCGAAACGAGAAACGGAGAAGAAAAGGAACAAGACGAGUCCCCUCUGUCGGCGUAUCCACCCUUGCUUUUCAUCGAUUCAAACCUCGAGAGCGAAGCGGACGCCGCCCACUGGCGUGCGCGAGUCCGAGGAAGAAGGGCGCCGCGAGGUGUAUGUACACCUGAGGAAGCGGCUCGAGAGGGAGGAGAAGAAGGGAAGCGCAGUCGACCUGCGUUCCUGUGCGAAGAGUUCUGGGUGAAGCUUCAGUCGUCGGGAGAAGCCGGAGAAACCGAGACACUCCCUCGAGUGCGACAGGAGCGUUUCCCUGGAGCAGUCCACUAUGUUCUCUCAGCUGUUUUAUUCUGCGUUCGCUCUCCACAUUCCUUCGCGUCGUCGCCUCCUCGACGAAAGUCCGUCUCCCUUGGUCCAGGCUGUCUUCCUCUCGACUCUGUCUCUCACACUCGAGAGGCGCUCUCUCCUCCACCUUUGGUCACCUCAAGCGUGUCUUCUUCUUUCGCUCUCUCUUCUUCUUCUUUGCCGCUUUCUCCUUCCUUUUCUUUUUCUACGACUCCCUCUUCCACGUCUCAGCCUUCUCUCCCGUCUCCGUUUUCGUUUGCGGUUGCCUGGUCCUCUGCUGCGUCAGUGCGUCGUUCCUCCUCUUCCUCUGCGUUUUCUUCUUCUCGGUCUGCGUCCUCGCCGCUGCUUCCGUCUGGGGCGCCGCUGUCAGCGCCUCUCUUCCUCUCUUCUCCGGGAGUCUCUGCGUCGCACGCGUGUCUCUCGAGUUCUACAGGAGAGCAGUCGAACGCGAGAAGAAGUGAAGAGAGGUUGUCUGGGUCGCACGCAAGUUGCAGAACUCGUGGACGCCAGGCGGCAGCGAGCAGCGAGGAAGCGAGAGAAGUCACAGGCGGCCAGGCAAAAGGAAAUUCGCGUCCGGCAGACCCGAGGGAGGCCGAGGAAGAACGACUGCUUCUCUUCGUGAGGGUGCCGGAGUCGUACCUGGAAACGCAUGAUGUUUCCCCCAGUGGCGGACCUGACGAGUUCGACGAGACACGCGGGGAUUCUUCUUCUUCCUCUUCGUUGUCGAAGGUAUCUCUGGGCAUGUCAGGUGUCUGUACAGCCCACGCGAGAGGCGAGAGGUCGCAAGCAGGACGCACAGAGGCGGGAAGAGCAGUGGACGCGAAGAUCUCACAGUGGGGAGAAGGCGAAGAAGGAGAUUUGGAUGCGAGCGGAGGAGAAGAGAGAGUGGUGCUGGAAAAAACUUCAAGCUGUGGGGCAGGUCGUCUCUCUCUGAACCGUGGAGGCGAUAACGACAAGGCGAGAAAAGAGGGCAAGGAGGAGGAAAGAGAAGAGGAGCGCUGCACAGCUGCUUGGUCGGAGAGGAGGAAACAUAGUUCAAAGGGAACCAGGUGGCUGUUGAUUAAUGACCAUGUUCUCGCGUACGUGAAGGAGACGACUGUGCUGGAUUUCUCGCGGUCCUGGAAGCUCCCUGUUCUCCUCCAGUUCACUCGCAGAGACUGUCUCGACGCUUCUUCCGCGUCUUCUGGCGAGCUCCGAGAGGCGUCCAGAACGUGCGAAGGCGAGAAAGGAGACAGCUCGGGCUUCGCGGCCUCCUCAGUAGACUCGGAAGGCCGUUCGACGUAUCGCCGUUUUUUUGGAGAAAGCGGCUGCCGACGGGAAGCAGCGGACGCGCUGAGAGAGACGACGUCAAGAGCAGGAAGAACGGAGAAACCAGGCAGGUUGGAGGAACCCGAGGAACUUUUCGCGUCUUCUGUCGCUUUUCACCUCUUCCAGGCGGACGAAAACAUUUCUCUCCGUCCGCUCGCUGCCAAAACACCCACGACGUUCCUGCCUCUGACACACGACGAGCUGGUGGCUCUUCAACGCCGGAAAGCGUCACCCUCCACUACACAUUUUGGCGGCAAUACACGUAGGGGAAACGAUUUUUCGUCUCCAGCUUUCUCGUCCUCUUCUUCGACUCCUUCUGCUUCUGCUCUCUCUUCGUCUACUUCUCCUGCUUCUUCUCCGUCUUCUUCUGCGUCUUCGCCCUCUGCCUCUCCCGCGUCUUCUGCUUCUUCGUCUCCUUCUUCUUCCUCUUGCUUCUUGUGCGGUCCCUCUUGCCUGAGGGUGGACGUGGAGCGAGACGGGAGUGCGAAGCGUCGAGGAACAGAAGGCCGCGCAGGGACAGAGGCAAUCGAAGUGGCGAGGUGCAGUGUCUCUGCGGAGCGGCGUUUGCCGACCGCGGUAGGAGAGGCGGAGAAGAUUGAGUUUAAUGGAGAAGGGAGGGAGGGCAGCAACGCCAAGGACGAAGAGGAGCGACACACAGUGGAGCCCAGAGUGGAGGAAAAGAAGCGAGAGGCGAAGGGAGCAGCGACGAGCGCGAGAAAGACCGAGCACUCAGAGGAUCUGUCGAGCAACGAAGAGGACGCAUAUGCACCUGUCUUCACCCCUCUGUUCUCCCCGGGAGUCUCUCCAGAAGGCAGAGACAGAGGGGCAGAGGAAAAGGAGAAGCCAAUGGGCUGGUUGGUGGCCUUGGAUGCGGAAUUCGUUGCAGAAGACUUGGAGAAAGAAGAGGCUGUUCCGCUCGUGAAUGAGUUCCAUCGCGUGAAGCCUGUCUCUACACAGUCGCUGGCUCUUGCGAGAGUGAGUGUUCUUCGAGGAGAAGGCCCUCAGGCUGGUGUCCCCUUCAUCGACCACUACGUCCAUUUCAAAGUGGCGCCGAAGGAUUACUUGACAAGAUUCUCUGGACUUCGCCCGGGAGACUUGGAUCUCCACGCUUCCCAGUUCUGGCUCUCCACAAAAAAAGCGAUACACCAGAAACUCCGCUACCUCGUCGACGCUGGUUGUGUCUUCGUUGGCCACGGGCUGUCCCAGGACUUUCGGAUCAUCAACUUGUUUGUACCUUCCUCUCAAAUCAUCGACACGGUGGAGCUCUUUCGUCUUCCCGGACGUCGCCUGCUCUCGCUGAAAUUCCUCGCGGCGCACCUUCUCGACUUGCGGAUUCAGCAGACAACCCACGACUCUGUCGAAGACGCGCGCUCUGCUCUCCUCCUCUACAGGCGUUACAACGAACUUCGACGAAACGGCACUUUGGAGCAAUGCAUUCAGCAUCUCUACCGAAUUGGCUAUUCCACCAAGUGGAGUGUCCCCGACUCUCCAGCUGUCUUGCCUCUCUCUUUUCACUGCCCCUUUUCUUCUGCACACUCUUCUCUCCCUUCUUCUGUGUCUUUUCCUUCUUCUCUCCCGCUGUCCUCGUCCGGGCCUGUGUGCUCCCGACUCUCGCCGGAGGCUCUGCCGUUUGUGCUCCGCUGCGGAGCUGGCAGGCGGCAACAGUUGCCGUCUUCGCCUCCUGCCGUUGGACUGGAGAGAGAGGCAGAGGAGAAAUAG